AUGAAUAGCAGUAAUAUUGAUUCGAUGAGAAGAGUCUAUGAUCGUGUUUGGCAUUGGAUAGUUAAACAAACAUAUGAAACUGCCGAAUCUCCUACAAUUACAGUUAAUCACCAGACGAAGCCUAACGAAGCAGAUAAUUAUACUCGAAUCAGAUCCUAUGAAAAUAUCAAAGCACAUCAAUUAGCAAAGAAUCCAAUCAUAGAUAUGUCGGAACUCGAACGAAGUCAUAUCUAUCGCGAGCCACCACCAUCAUCAUCCAAAGUGAAAUCGAUAAUGCAUACGAAAAAUUCAGUGUCUACACGUCAGCAGCAACGGCCAUUGAUACCCGUUCGGACAGACUCGUCGCGUAGCGUUGCCAGCACGACCUUAUCGUCAAUGUCAUCACGAUCAACGACACCGUCGAAUUCAUUUCGUCAAGAUCCAAGACCAGCUUUAUCAUCGUCGUCAUCGACAGCAGUAGAAGCAGUAACACCACAAAUGAAAAAUGAAAUCUAUGAUGUUGAAACAGCUAUUUUAUAUAAUCAUCAUAAGUGUCUGAAUACAAUUGCGAAUAAUUAUCCGAAGCCGUUGCAAUCAGUGAAAGAAGAUGAAUACUUAGAAGUCGAUGAUAACAAUAAUCAUAUGAAUAGCAACUAUCCAAAGAAUGGAGGUGAACAAAUGCGUAGAAAAGAAGAUAUCCUUAGAGGAUUUGCACAAAAUGAUAAUGAACAGCAGCGCAUACUUGUGGAUAUUCUCCGAAGUAAAUCUCCAUCAUCAACGGUAUCAACACCCAUAAUGACACGAAAUAAUUCAUCCCAUCAACGUUCAUCGUCAACUAAUCCAACAGAUGAUCAAUUACCCGCAGAAAACAUCCAUAGUUUUGUUCGUAAUCAUCGUAUACGUUCAAGUCUGCCUUUUAUUGUUAAACCAGCAACGAAUUCAUCCAAAUCCAAUUCACUUGGCCUUUGCUUCUUGAUUUGCGGUAAUGAAACAAAAAAGAUUCUCCUACCAGCGAACAUUUCAUGUAUCGACACGCUCAAAGCAUUAUUUGUUCGAGCAUUUCCGCGGUACUUAACAAUGAAACAAAUGGAUAAUGAAAACGUUCGGAUUUACAUUCGCGAAUCCGACAAGGAUAUUUUCUAUCAACUAGAUGAUGUCAAUGAUGUGAAAGAUCGUUCAAUUCUAAAAAUCGUUCAACUAACUAGCACGAAUCUUAAACAGCAUGUUUCAUUCAAAGAACCCGAAAUUGAACGCUCAUCGAACUCACCGACGAGUGGAGAAGUGCCCUAUCAACGUUUAAGUCGUCCCACGCGUACAUUGUCAACAAAUGAAUCAAUAGAUGAGACACCUUCACGUUCUCGUAGUGAACCAAGACGUGACACAACACCGACGAUAUUGAAAGGAAUUUUGUCUUCGCCGAGAAGUGGCUCAACAACGCCUCACUUCGACGAAGAAGACGCUCGUACAAAAAUACCGAUGAUGGAACGACAACUGGAAUCCCUCACUGAAUUAGUCAAGCAAUUGACAACGCCGACAAAAUCAAAGAUCUUACAAGAUUUUGACAAUAAUCCUUUUCAGCAACAGUUAUACGAAUUGAAAAUAAAAACUCAUACAUUACGGCAAGAUUUAUUAUCCAUACGGCGUAUGCAACAAGCGUUACAAGAAAAUUUUCAAAACGAAUUGGAAAGAGCGAAUCGAAAGAUUCAAGAACGAUUGGCUCAAAAUGAAACGUAUCGAUUUAUUGAAAAUGAAUACAAGUUAUAUCUACAAAAUCGAACGAAAAUUGAUCAAGAUCUCGAAGAUUUAGAAAUCUCCGUGGAAGAACUACAAAAUGACGUCAAAUCCAAACAAUGCUAUGUCACCAUCAAUGAUGUCGAAAGUUUCGCAUUUAUACUCAGCACUAUCAGUCGGGCACUAGUAGAUUUAAAAGCUUCUUUUCCUACAUUACAACAAAAACUAUCGACAUCUGAACAUCCAUCCACAGCACAAUUUCUCCGCGAAGAACCCGAACGUCUCGAUUAUACAAUUAAGAAAUGUAAACGUUUAACGACAAUGCUCUAUCAACUCAAACGCUUGGUCAUCAAUGAAGAUGUUAAACCGUUACGAAAGAUCUUGUUUAAUAUCGACGAAACUUUGGUCGAUCGAAAAUGUUUACUAGAGGAAAUUCAAUCCGUUACAUUGAAUUCGGAAGGACGGUUGAAAGCUAUUGAGAAAGCAGAAAAAUUACGUCAACGUCGUUUAUACUAUGAACAACAAUUAGACAAUCUAAAACGUGCAAAAUCAUCUCCUGAUCAGACUGAUGCAUACUCUGAUACACGAAGUUUAACGAAUUCAGCCAGUGCUCGAACUAGCAUCUGUUCAACUGAUUCCAAUAAUUGCCCAUCACCGUCCCUAUCGUAUAUCAUUCGUCAAGCAUUAAUAACUCCAUCGAUGCCGAACGAUUGUAAACCUCGUCUACAAUCUUCAUUCAAAUCACCAACGAAAGUAACAUUUUCUCAACAGUUAGCAACAAACGAAAAGUCGUCAUUAACAAACAAAAAACAAACAAAACAAAAUGCCCCACCACGUAUCCAAAGCACACCAUCAUCAUCAGCGGUUUCCAGUGCCUCGUCAAGUUCAUCAUCAUGCACUGGUAGCAAUUCACGUUUCUGCGGAAUUGUCCCACUGCUAUCCGUUGAUCGUCGUCAAAAUGGUCGUUGUUAUUCAUUCUCAUCGUCAAGUACUGAUACGGACUCAGUUAUAUCCAAUUCUCAUAAUCCUCGAUUCAAUCAACCCAUAUUACUCCGUACUUCCGUUACUGAUUUGUAG